UUAUUUUUAUGUUGUAGUAAAUAAAGCCAAAUCAGCCGCGUGGAUUAUGGAUAAAGUUCUGAAGCGGUAGUUUUGGCAACCUCAAGCUUAUAAAAAAAAUGGCCAAACUGUCAUCAAAAUUAGGGUUUAAAGGUAUCAAUUGGGCGUGUAUUUAGAAAUAUAGAAUCUCUUCGCUGCUGCUCUGAUUUGAGUUUGAGCCCUUGCGAGUUGCGACACUCACUCAGGUCUGCCUUUCCUCGCUCUUACUUUUCUUCUUUCCCUCUUUGUUCAUAUUUACCUGGUCAAAGUGUUUCGAAUUUCUGUUAUCCAAUUUUUUUCGGUAUUCAAGACCGGUUCGCUGGGUGAGGGAGGGUUGAAGGUGGGGGUUGUACAUAAUUGGUUUUAACUUUUUAAAGAAUGGCUAGAAAUGACAGUGAAUCGGGUGACGAUAUUUCGAGAGAUGAGAGUGAUCGUCACAAAAGGCAUUCUAGGUCAGAUAGAGAUAGGGGAAGACGUGAACGAGAAAGAGAAAUAAAUCAUGAUGAUAAUGAUGAGGAGAAUCGGCAGAGAGAGUAUGCUGGAUCUUCUGACGAAGAAGAAAACAAGCGUGCCAAUAUAGAUAGGAGGCGAGAAAGAGAUAGAAUUCAUGAUGAUGAUGAUGCUGGCAAGGAUAGGCGGAGAGAACAUUCUAGGGAUAGAAGGCGUGAAAGAGAAAGGAUUCGUGAUGCUGAUGAUUCUAAGAAAAGGCGGAGAGAUACAGUGGAGGAAAAUUCUGAGUCGUCUGAUGAAUCAGAUGAAGAGAAGCGAGCCAAGAUGGAUAGGAGGGGAGAAAGGGAUAUGCGGAAUAGGCAUGACAUUGGACAUAGGGAUAGGCGUAACCAUUCACGGCGGGGGUCUGAUGAAGAUAAGUAUAGAAAUAGGGACCGAAGCCGUCAUUCACGUCAUGAUUCGGAUGAUGAUGAGGAUCGUAGAAGAAGGUCCCAUAGAAGUACAGAACAUGAGAAUAGAAGUGAUAGGACAGACAAUGAUAAUCAGCCAAGCCGUAGAAACAGAGAUGAUAAUAGUUUUAAGGAGAAAGAGGAAGGAAAACCCAAGCCAAAACAAUCAGCUUUGCACCAAACCAACUUGAAUGGUGAUACGGCAAAUUUAGGUAGGAGUGGAGGGGUUUAUAUUCCUCCAUUUAAAUUAGCAAGAAUGAUGAAAGAGACACAGGAUAAGAGCAGUGUUGAGUAUCAGCGAUUAACAUGGGAUGCCCUUAGAAAAAGUAUCAAUGGGCUUGUUAACAAAGUCAAUGCUACUAAUAUAAAGAAUAUUAUUCCGGAACUCUUUGCUGAGAAUCUUAUUCGAGGAAGGGGUCUCUUUUGUCGUUCAUGUAUGAAAUCUCAGAUGGCAUCUCCAGGUUUCACAGAUGUUUUUGCUGCAUUGGUGGCUGUUGUAAACACCAAGUUUCCUGAGGUAGGGGAUUUACUGUUGAGAAGGAUUGUUUUGCAACUUAAGAGAGCAUAUAAGCGGAAUGACAAGCCUCAAUUAUUAGCUGCUGUUAAAUUUAUAGCACAUCUUGUGAACCAGCAAGUGGCUCAUGAGAUUAUUGCUUUGGAACUGCUCACUGUUUUGCUGGAGAACCCUACUGAUGACAGUGUUGAGGUGGCCGUUGGUUUUGUUACUGAGUGUGGUUCAUUACUUCAGGAUCUUUCACCAAAAGGCCUCCAUGGUAUUUUUGAGCGCUUUCGGGGGAUUCUUCAUGAGGGAGAGAUAGAUAAACGCGUUCAAUUUCUGAUAGAGGGCUUAUUUGCUAUAAGGAAAGCCAAGUUUCAGGGGUACCCUGCUGUUCGUCCAGAGCUAGACCUUGUUGAGCAGGAGGACCAAUUAACUCAUGAGAUAUCUCUCCAAGAUGAGAUAGAUCCAGAGAUCACCCUUGACAUUUUUAAACCAGAUCCUCAAUUCUUGGAGAAUGAAAAGCGCUAUGAAGAGUUGAAGAAAACCAUCCUUGGUGAGGAAUCCGAGGAUGAAGAGGGUUCUGAUGUGGGUUCAGGUGAUGAGGAGGAUGACGAGGAGGAUGAUGAAUCUGAUGAGGAAGAUGAGGAGCAGAUGAAAAUAAAAGAUGAGACUGAGACAAAUCUUGUAAAUCUUCGGAGGACAAUCUACCUGACAAUCAUGUCCAGCGUAGAUUUUGAGGAGGCUGGCCACAAGCUGCUGAAAAUUAAGCUUGAGCCAGGGCAAGAGAUGGAGUUAUGCGUUAUGCUCUUGGAAUGCUGCAGUCAGGAGAGGACUUACCUACGAUAUUAUGGUCUUCUGGGGCAGCGGUUUUGCAUGAUCAACAAAGUCCAUCAAGAAAAUUUUGAUAAAUGCUUUGUUCAGCAAUAUUCUAUGAUUCAUCGACUUGAAACAAACAAAUUACGUAAUGUGGCAAAGUUUUUUGCACAUUUACUUGGCACAGAUGCUCUGCCUUGGCAUGUUCUAGCCUAUAUACGCUUAACCGAGGAGGACACAACUUCUUCUUCCCGAAUAUUUAUCAAGAUUCUCUUCCAGGAAUUGUCAGAGCAUCUUGGAAUUCGCAGACUGAAUGAACGGCUCUCAGAUCCUACUAUGCUGGACUCAUUUGAAUCUAUUUUCCCGAGGGAUAAUCCAAAGAACACUCGAUUUUCCAUUAACUUUUUCACGUCCAUUGGGCUUGGCGGUAUCACUGAGAAUUUGCGUGAGUAUUUGAAGAACAUGCCACGGCUUAUCAUGCAACAACAGAAACCAGCAUCUGAGUCAGAACCAGAAUCAGAAUCUGGUGAUGAAUCUGGGAGCUCUAGUUCAUACGAUUCAAAAAGUGCUACUUCAGAGCCAGAUUCAGAUUCAGAGGAUGAAAGUGAGAGACGCAGGAAGAAAAGGAGGAGGUAGUGUCCUUUUCGCUGAGGAGUUUUAGUUUCAGGCAUAUGAAUAUCUCAAUUUCUCAUAUUUGUGGGUUGCUUGCUGUCCUACUUUUGACGUAUCUUUGUUUUACUACUUGAAUGGAGUUUUGAUUAGAUAGAAAAAUGUAACUGUAAUUUUGUAUGCUUUAGAGCCAAAUAAUUAAUGGCCACUAUUUUCCAGCUAUGUAAGUUUGCUUUCGGAUUGGGAAACAUACCCCUUGUGUUUUCUCUUUUUUUUUCUUGAAAAUGCUUUUGACCUAAAAAUUUUAUUCCAUUACCAUUUUCCCAGCUGCAGAGAAUAUUAAAAAAAAAACAAAAACCCAAAUGUUUUUCUGCACUUCUAAUAAUUGAAAGUUAUGAUUUGUUUUCUAGAUUUUUUAUACAAGGUCGCAAUACAAUCACAAA